UGGCUACCAUGAGCAGCAAUAACACCCAUCCAACGCAGUGGUUAGAGGCCAAGGUCAAUGUUUAUCGCUGAGUCUGUCGGUCACGGGACCGGGCCGCCUGACCGGAUGUGGCGCCUCUGGCAGAGGUCAGCCGCACCGAGCUCUGCAGACGUCCUGCCAGCUCCGAGCCGUCAGUCCGAGGGCGGCAGCCGGGGACGGUGGACCACAUACUGUCUCAGUGUCCGUGUCACUAUGUCGGCCCUCAGCAGCCGGCUGGCGACGCUCCUGACUUUGGCCGUGCUCAUCGUGACGGCCGGCUGUGACGGUGGCCAGUCCAUCCCCCUGGAUGAAUACGUACAGCAGUUGGUGCAAAAUGAACUACAGUCCAUCGUCAGCACGCUGCAGUCAGGAAUGGAACGUCUGGAGAACAGGCUGGAGUCUAGGAUGGAGGCUCUGGAGGGCAGAAUGGAGGAGCUGACCGGCCGACUGGACGGCCAGCAGACUCAGCUGGACGAGAUCGUCACACAGCUGAACGGCCAAAAAUCCCAGCAGGACGAGACGACAGCCACUGUGAACGACCUCACAGAACGACUGAGUGAUAUCGUCAUCAACAUGGAAAAACAUGUGAGUGAAAUGCGUAAAUUGGCUACGAGACUCGACAGCCAGCAGUCACAACUGAACCAACAAAAAUCGCAACAAGAGGAGACCGCAACCACAGUGAACAACCUCACAGCGCACCUGGAUACCAUCGUUACACAGCAAGGAGAUCAACUCAACCAGACGUCUCAACUGGCUACAAGGAUCAACAGCCAGCAAUCUCAACUGAGCGAGCUCAACACCCAGCUGAACGAACAAAAAACGACUCAGAGUGAAGUUUCAGUCAGAAUGGAUAACCUGACCUCCCAGGUUGACAUUCUAAGAUCCAAGCUGACCGGAGCUAUUAGCAACACAUCAUCCCAACAGGAGCGUAUUGAUGACCUAGCAGCUCCGGUACACCAGCACCACCGAAUUCGUGAUUGCAGCGACCUGCCUGUCGACUCCCCAUCUGGAGUCUACCUCCUUCGACCCAGUGGUAACAUCAGACAACCACCCGUCGAGGCCUACUGUGACAUGGCCACUGCCGGAGGGAACUGGACGGUGAUACAACGACGAGCUGAUAUCCAGCCACACCAGGACUUCUACCUCGGAUGGAACGACUACAAGGACGGAUUUGGUAAUGUUACCAAAGAAUUCUGGUGGGGCUUGGAACACGUUUAUCAGCUUACGUCAUCAGGCCGACGGUACGAACUCCGUAUUGAUCUCGAGGCUUUUGACGGCAAUAGAUCAUACGCUACAUACCAACAGUUCCGUAUCUCGUCUGAGGAGGACGGCUACACACUGAGCUGUACCGACUACUCUGGAACUGCCGGGGGUGGUCUGAGGUGGAACGUCAAUGAGAAGUUCUCUACCCGUGACCGUGACCAGGACGGCUGGUCUGCCGUUCACUGUGCACAGUCCCGUCAGGGGCCCUGGUGGUACGACAGCGUUUGCGGGGGGAGCAGCCUGAACGGACGGUACCGGGACGGCGGUAAAUGGGACUGGACUGGAAUAUGGUGGAACACGUGGAGGAGAGGGGAGUCACUGAAGAAAACCGAUAUGAAGAUCAGACCAACGUACUAAUCUACACACCAAGGAGACAUCACAGUGGUGUAGAUACCCCGGUGACAUGUGUACCGAGCCGGUGUCACGGUAUUUACUCGAAUACUAACACUGUAGUAUGGGUUAGAGUGUGAAGAUCUUGCUUACUAUCACGUGACGUUGUACGAGGGUGCAAUUCGGCGCUUUUCUGCUAAUGAAAAGUAUGAUGUGCGAUUAUCUAUAGGACUCAAUACAAGUAUCCGUCGGUCUCUCUCUCUCUCUCUCUCUCUCUCUCUCUCUCUCUCUCUCCCUCUCUCUCUCUCUCUCUCUCUCUCUCUCUCUCUAUCUCUCUCUCUCUCUCUCCAUCUCUCUCCCCUCCAUACC